AUGAAGCGUUUUUUUCAGCAUCUCUACGCGAAAUCGAUCUAUUGGCCCUCGUACGUCUAUAACUGGACGAUGAUCCGGCGGCUGAAGUGGUGGCGUUGGUACGACCAGAUCGAAGAGCAUGUCUUCGUCGGGGCGGUUCCUUCUCGGAAAAUGGCCGUCGACUUGGCCGAAAGCGGCAUCAAAGGGGUAAUUAACACAUGCCAGGAAUACGAAGGCCCCCUGGAUGUCUAUAAAGAACAUGGGGUCGAGCAGCUUUACUUGCCGACGGUCGACUUCACUCCGCCCAGUGUCGAGGACAUCGACGAAGGAGUCCGCUUCAUCGAGAAGUUUGUCGCCGAAGAGAAAGAUGUCUACAUCCACUGCAAAGCAGGCCGCGCGCGAAGUGCGACCAUCGCGCUUUGCUGGCUGAUGAAGGCCAAAGGAAUGACUCCGGAACAAGCCCAG